AUGACAACCUCAAAACCUCUCCAACAAUUCCAUCUCUUCCCUAAUCUCCCAACCGAGCUUCGUCUCGCAAUCUACACAACCAUAAACAACAUCCCUCAAAAUCCCAUCCCCGCGCCCUCAAGAUCCACUCGGAUUCUCAAAAUCAGCUUCGCCCCCACCCUGGACCGCUACAUCUCCAACACCGCACCACCCGUCCUCCUAUCCCUCUGUUCUGAAUCGCGCAACCACAUCAGCAAGCAACACAACACCACCCACCUCCUCCUAGGCCCCUCCUUCUUCUCCGCCCCCCAAACCAACAUCCCCAUCUCCUUUCCCACCACCACACUCUACAUCUCCUCGCUCCACCCGGGUGUCCUCACUUCCUCCUUCGCCAACAACGUGCUGUAUCACCUCUCAACCUCGCCCAGUCGCCACCAGAUCGCCAGUCUCGCGCUCGAUCUGAGGGUCUUUACGGAUUUCUCGGAUAGUGGGCUCUUGGGUGUGCUUGCGGGGAUGAGGGGACUGAGGGAGUUGUGUUUGGUGUUGGAGUUUGGACGGAAAUUUGAGGGGGUGUUGGGGUUUUUGGAGGCGCCGGAGUGGAGGAAUGAUUUGAAGUGGUAUGCUGGGGCGGCGAAGGAG